GAGGCUGACUUCGGCGCCGUGCCUCCUCCCAGCGAGUAGCGCGGUGCGGCGGUAAGAGAGGGCGCACAAGUGCAGCGAGACAGGGACCCAGCACAAAUGUCGGAAAGCGGGAGUCAGGAACCGGCCGGGGCCCCGAACGGGAGCGACAGUCCGGCGAAGUGCGCACCGACACCGUCCAUCGGCAACAAAGUGACCGUGGUGCUGGGGGCCCAAUGGGGCGACGAGGGGAAAGGCAAAGUUGUGGAUCUGCUGGCUCAGGACGCGGACAUGGUGUGCAGGUGCCAGGGCGGCAACAACGCGGGACACACGGUGGUGGUCGACUCGGUGGAGUACGACUUUCACCUCCUCCCCAGUGGCAUCAUCAACCCCAAGGUCACAGCCUUCAUCGGCAAUGGUGUCGUGAUCCACCUUCCAGGCCUGUUUGAAGAGGCAGAAAAAAAUGAACGCAAAGGAAAAAGUCUAAAGGACUGGGAGAAGAGGCUGAUCAUCUCUGACCGAGCACAUAUUGUGUUUGACUUCCACCAAGCGGUUGAUGGCGUACAGGAACAACAGAGACAGGAACAAGCAGGCAAGAACCUCGGUACCACAAAGAAGGGGAUUGGCCCAGUGUACUCGGCCAAGGCAGCACGCAGCGGUCUCCGGAUAUGUGACCUGCUGGCUGACUUCACUCAGUUCUCGGAAAGGUAUAAAGUUUUGGCCCAACAAUAUAAAGCUAUGUACCCAACUCUGGAGAUUGACGUUGACGGCGAGCUCGUCAAGUUAAAGGACUACGUGGAGCAGAUCAAGCCCAUGGUGAGAGAUGGAGUACAUUACAUGUAUGAGGCCCUUCACGGUCCUCCUAAGAAGAUUCUGGUGGAAGGAGCCAACGCUGCGCUGCUGGACAUAGAUUUUGGGACGUACCCGUUUGUGACGUCGUCCAACUGCACGGUGGGGGGGGUGUGCACGGGCCUCGGCAUGCCGCCUCAGAACGUCGGGGAGGUGUACGGGGUGGUCAAGGCCUACACCACCAGAGUGGGCAUCGGAGCGUUCCCCUCGGAGCAGAGCAACGAGAUCGGAGAGCUGCUUCAGACUCGGGGGAGGGAGGUCGGCGUGACCACGGGCAGGAAGCGGCGAUGUGGUUGGCUGGACCUGGUGCUCAUCAAAUACGCACACAUGAUUAACGGCUUCACUGCUUUAGCGCUCACCAAGCUGGACAUUCUUGAUGUGUUCCCUGAGAUCAAAGUGGGAGUCGCCUACACCGUCGACAACCAAACAAUACCUCACUUUCCAGCCAAUCAGGAGGUGUUGCACCGUGUGGAGGUCCAGUACGAGGCGCUGCCCGGCUGGAACAGCGACACCUCGGCUGCUAGAAGCUUCGAGGAGCUGCCUGAGAACGCCCAGAAGUACGUGCGCUUCGUGGAGGAGCACGUGGGAGUGCCUGUCAAAUGGAUCGGAGUGGGAAAGUCCCGAGAGUCAAUGAUCCAGCUGUUCUAGAUGGAGCGAGGAGAGAACGGAAGCGAGGAGGAUGCACAGCAGCAAAUCAACUCCAGACACACACACACACACACACACACACACACACUCACUCACAGACACACACACACAGCCUAUCUACCUGUCUUUACUGUCUGAGAGACGCGAGCGUCAUGUGGGUUUUUAGCGUUUCCCUCCAUCGUCCGUCCCUGUAUGAACGUCUCUCUGGGUUUUUAACACUUUGAACUCCCCUCCUGCUUCUGUUUUUAACAUGCUUAUGGUGUCGCCUUUUAAUUCAGACGUACUCCGCAGCACCAGCUAGCAUCAGAUCCGACAGUGGACGCGAGGGAACGGACUCUUCACAUUUAAACACUGGGACACAGACAGCGGAUCGCUGCCUGGGGGAACUUAAUUUAUGCUGUGUUUUAAACGUGCUGUUUCACUCCAGUUUAUAUCAGUUCAUAUGUUUUAACGUCUGCACUUUAAAUGUUCUGAAUGACAUGUGCUCUGUUUGACUGUGCAGGUGUUCAGUCCUGCACAUUCUGAUGCGAUAAAGGGAUCCUUUAAUAUUAAGUGUUUUUUUGUGUCCGUUGUUCAUCACCAGACAAACUGCUUGUGUCAUUCAACCAAAAAAAAAUGUUUUAAAGUUCUAGCCGGCGUCUGCUUCCACCGGACACAGUUGAUGGAAUGUUGAAGCACAUCUUCCGUACUGUAAGAAGGCUCAUGUUUACUGGGGACUCUUCGUAUUACCAUUGAAUGUGUUUGACCAUCUCUUUUCCGUGUCCUGUUAAAGAUCAAAUGAAAUCCGUACUGUGAGACGCGUCAAACUAACUACAGCUACGAAGCCCGUCUUUCACUCGAGCCGCACUUUCAUAACGCAGACUCCCACAGAUCUGCAAGAUGUUCAGCAUAAAUGCAGGAAUCCAUGUGCCUCGAUAGCGAAUAUGGAUAAAUAAAAUAGUUGAAGGUGGCACAGUAGUGCAAAUAAGUCUUAUGUUUCUAUUUUAGGCAGUUAAUAGAUGACGAAACUGUAACAUUACAAUAGAUUGCUUUUGUUGGCUGUUUCAUAUGCAAAGGUUGAUGCAGGAAUUACUGACGUGAUUUAGUUUUGCAUGAGAUAAAUUGCUGGUUGGUCAAAAUAAGUGAAAUACUCGUGGACCAUAAGAUGUAACUGAUGAGUAAGGACUGAUUUAUUUAGAGCGUCCAAAAACCUGUGUCCCUGUUGCAACGACCCUUUAACUGUUGCUCUGAACAUAAAAGCAGAAAAUGUGCCAUAACAAUAACUUGUGAUCAGAAUGUAGCAUCUUUAAUGUCACCAAACCGCUCGUCAAAUUCAUAGAUUGACCUUUUAAUAAGCCCCAAACUAGUUUUACGAGAGAGGAAAUUUUAUUUUUUAUUUUUUUUUUAUUGUGGAGCCAAAGUAAUGUUCCCAGUGUCGAGGGGUAUGAUCACAUUCUUUGCCUGUGCUCUGAAACGGUCUUUGUUUUAAAAACCUAGACGCUUAUGAAUGACUCCAUUUUGUGGUUUUAUUACAAAGCAAAGCGUUUCAACAUGAGGUGGAGUUUGAUACGAGGUAGAAACUUCAGAGUAAAAGUAACUUUGGAGUAAAAGUUCGAUGAGCCUUAACUGUGUUUUGAUGACAUGACUUCUGUACAGGCCCAACAGUUUCUCAGGACUUUAAUUAACAGGGUUUUGUUUUCAGUGUAGACUCAGUGGGACUAAAAACAUCUGUAAAAGCCCUUUAACCCUUACUGGAACCUGCUUAGUUACUUCUGCCUUUGUCAGAGGCAAAUAACUCAUUGAUGAAGGAGUUCAUUGAUAUAAAACGCCACUGUUGCUCUCGUCUGCCCCCUAGCGGUGGCUGAACGUGGUCCACUGCUCCUCUGACCCUUCGCCUGCUCUCACUGCCAACCUGCUGAAUGUCUGAGGCUUCACACGCACAUGGAACACACGCGCAUGUUGGGUCUACGUUGAACGUCUGUACACAUCGUGUCCUGUUUAUUUAUUAGUAAGUCGUCAUUUUCAGCUUGGAAAAAUCAUCACAUUUUACAUGUGUCCUGAUGUGAUACUUGGUGUUUUGGGAAACUAUGGGAAUUUAAAAUAAAAUUGUUUUGAUUA